UUAAAAGUGGCGGAGGAAAAAGAAAAAGAGAAAAUGCCACCCGCGACGCCUCCUGAAGGCACGGCGACGACGUCGACACCAGCUGCGGUGACGUCCACGGCCGCAGCAGCGUUAUUCGCCUGGCCGCCUCUUUUGCUGCAUCCAUGGGCUCCUGCGUUACUACCCGGGGCCUGGUGCUCCCCAGUUAUUAGGUCUGCUUUUCCAGGGUUACUAGAUACAAUGAAAAUGACUGGUUCUGCCAAUCAAAGACAACCAGCCAGUUUUGCAAUAAGUGAUAUUUUAGAAUUAGACAGACAUAAUAGUGAAGAAAUAGAUCCUAUAACUGCUGAUACCUCAGUUUAUCCAACGCACCAAGACCUUUCAUAUUCAUCAAGACACCAAUGGCUACAAAUGGCCGAUCCAGGAAUAAAUCCGAUUCAACCACAUCUUACGAUUCCUCCACAUCCUUCUCAAUUGAGUCCGGAUAGUACGAGUCCAUCGAUUUCGGAAAGAUCGAGUGUUCCACCAGAUAACCCUCUUGCAGACUCUAGCGUAACAAAUCCUCUUAACCAAGCUCCGUCUUCUAUGGGAACAAUAAGUGAGGGCGAAUUAGAGGAUCAAGACGAACUUAAAGAAGAAAGCGAACAACAACCUGGAAGUCAGAAAAAGAGGAAACGAAGGGUUUUAUUUUCGAAAGCUCAAACUUACGAAUUGGAAAGGAGGUUUCGACAACAACGAUACUUAUCGGCACCGGAAAGGGAACAUUUGGCUUCUAUAAUUAGACUCACACCUACGCAAGUUAAAAUAUGGUUUCAAAAUCAUAGAUAUAAAACCAAGAGAGCUCAGCACGAGAAAGGGAUGCACGACCAACAAAAUAAUCCCAUGCCUUCUCCUAGGAGAGUCGCUGUACCUGUAUUAGUCCGCGAUGGUAAACCAUGUCUGGCUGGUAACCAAAAACAUGAUAAUAUUCCAAUACCAAAUCCAAUGAUGAUGGGAAAUCACACAUCACAUGCUUUACUCUACGGUCAACCUAGAGUGUGGUGGUAAAACAUAUCAUUAAGGUAGACAUUUUAUAAAAAUGGAAUAACUCUUUAUCCCAGUAGAGGUAUUGUUAGAAAAAACAAAACUUGAUAUUUGGAGCUUUUACAGAAAUUUGAAUAAGUAAUGAACACAUUAAAUAUUUUUUUUCGAUGUACUUUCGUUACUGUCAUUCAGUGGACUAGAUAGAUCAUUGGGAAGAACUUUAUCAAAAUUAUUAUUUCCAAUACUAAUUAUUCACAUAAUUUCAGUAUAUAAGUAUACUCACAUUUGGAAGGAAAAUAAAGCUAUUUUGAAAAGAUUUAAUAUUAGAAAGUUUAUUUUUUGUUUAUGUUCUGAUGCAGAACAUUUCCUUUAUUCACUCUAUUAGUAGACUUUCUUGUUUUAAAUUUUCGAACUAUUUCCAGCACGUAUGCCCGUUCCUCUUUAUUUAUUUCCUCCAAUCUUCAUUUCUCCUUAUAAUUCUUCGAGUGAAUAUUCCAUUUUUAAAUUCUUGCCUGCACAUUUUUUGUUUGUUUGAUCCCUGAGUUAAUCCACAAUCCAGCGACACAAUUUUAUUUUGAUGCUUGAUGUACUUAGAACGAACAAAGUCUGUUUAAACUUAAAAACCAAAUAUAAAAUGAAUAUAUUUAUUGUUUCAGGUUUUCUAUUUUUAUUAAAAAAGACCACUUCAACGACAAUAAAUAAUUAAAAUUAACUUCCACAUAAAUAUGAAUAUUUUUUCACAAUUACGUACUUUUGGGGCCUUUUACAUUCGACGAUACUUAAUGUAUAGAUAUAUUAUAUGCUCAGUAUUAACUACACUUUGAGGCUAAUCUCAUCUGUUUAACUCACGUAUUCAAAAUGGAAUGAUUAACAAUUCAAAAUAUUCCAUAUAACCCUUCUUAUAACGUCUAGCGAAUAAUGCGAAAUAGAAACUCCUUAAAAAAAUACGGUAUAAGCACACUAAUAACUUAUCUUAACCAAAAUCAUAUUUUCCUUGUAGUUUUCCCCCUACUUUUUCACAAAUUUCAGUAAGAACGUAAACAAAAGUAAUUUUGGUAGUAUAAUUCUCACAAAGUUAUAUGAUUAAAUGUAUAACAAGCUUCUCUGUUCUCUUUUGAAGAUGAAUUAUAUCAGUUUGGGAUCAUCUUAUAUUUUUCUAAAUUUUACAAUCAACAAUUUUCCUACGAAUCAAGGAAAUAAAUGAAGCUUUUCAUUGAAUAGCCAUUAGUUCUGUUAAAAACACGUUUACUUCUUCUAUUGACCUCUCGAACUAAAAAUUUCUUUGCUCGCUGUUGCUGUAACCAACUGCCCUCAUAGUAAUCUCCAAAUUAAAAGCUUUCAAAAGUAGAAUUGUGAAAAAGUUCAACGUUAAACUUUCUAUUUGUAUCCUAACAUAAACCAAAUUAAUUUUUCUACAUCAGCCGUACGUAACAUAUAGGAAAAGUAGAUCAAAUUCAAGUUCAGCGGUCCCGUGGCAAUAAUCGCCACUUGCUGAGAUUUUGUUAGGAUAUACUACAUAUAAAGCUAGUAUCUUUUCAUAGUUGUUUCAGUUAUUAUUGAAUUUUGUUUGGGAGAUAUGAUUUUAUUAUUGAUUGGACCUGAUAUAGGAGUCUUUUCCUCUGCAGAGCUAGAGCUGAGAGGUUUUUUGGGUUUUGUUUUCGCUUGCUAUUUGUUGCUGGUAAAAUUAAGAAUCAAAAUUGAAACGAUAAUGGUUCUCUAGAGCGAAGUAUUCUAAUGUGAGAGAGCAAGCAGACGAGCGACUACAGCUGCAUUAUUUUCUAUCGGCAAUAGGGAAACCGCCGAGGAAGGUGAGGAAAUGUCCGGAUUGACAAGAGUGUUUUCUGUUGUAAUUUUGCCUUUUUCGACAGUACGAAUUUGCAACACGCUUAGAUAUCUCGAAUUGAGAGCUAUGCCUAUAUUGAUAUAAAGACAAAAGCCUUUCUAACAUGCGAUUAAGUAAGGUGCAGUAAACGUUUUCUUUUAUUCGAUUAUUUCCUCCGAGUGACUUGAUGAGAUUUAUUCGCCUCCGCACUCUGUGUAUAGUAGAAACGGCUUUUGUUUUUGGAUAUUCAGUGUCAUCCUCUAUCGCCAAGACCAAUUCCAGAAUCGCAUCAGGAGAUUUUGGUUUGGACGUCGAGUGAGCGAAUAUCGGAGGCUGAAAAAAUGAAUGGGACUGUUUCUAGAGGCUGUCGACAUAUUAGAGCAUGAUAAGAUUAAAUGUUUAUUGAAAAGUAGAAUACAUUGGAGGAAUGUUCAGUUUGAUACGCGUAAUUUAAGAACGUUCAUAAGAAAAUAAUUUUCCUUGGAAUCGCUCAAAAAACUUAAAUACAAAUGUUAAUAAGACUUUUAAAUGUAGAAUCUUUUUUCUUAUCUUGUGGCAGUGCAGAAUAUAGACUAUUUUGGAUUUACGUGCAUAACUUUAGAAUUGAAAAAUUCAACCAACGUUUUUCAUGAUUCACAAGUAAAUAUCCAACGAUUUCAUUCCAUAAAUGGUGACCUCAUUGUGUAUGUUUUCUCGUUAGAUCAGAGGAACUCUACAUUUAAUUUUUUUCUCUGGAUUCUGAUCCAAUUACAUAUACAUACAGUAAAUAGCAGAAUUGAACAAUAGUGUGUGAUCAAUAGAUUUUUUAAGAUUUUCACUUCUUCGAUCGUUUUAUAUGUUUUUGUUAAUAAAUCGUCUUGAUUUUAGGUCUUUACCGAUUGAAAAUUAGUUUUUGGGAUAGGUAAAAAUAUUGAGUAAUUUUCAAUCAGAACAGACUUAAAGUCAAAAUAAUUAAUCAACAAAAAUUAUUACAAACUUGAGAACUAUUCCACAUAUAAUAAUUAAAAUAAUUUAUGAGUAUAAAGUAUGAAUCAUCGGCAAUACAAUCAAUAUAUUCAUAUUAGAGUUUUUCCCGAAUGGUUUGUUUGAGAAAGAUUCGUGAAUGAGUUUUCAUUCAAUAUAAAUCAGGGCCGAAUUAAGAUUUAUAAAUAAUGACGGGGCCCCCUAAAGGAAUUCGAAAACCCGGAAAAAUUCACAAAAUAGUAUCAAUACUUUAGAUUUGUGGCAUCAACAAAUUAAAAAAUACAGAAUGAUUUCCAAAUGAUGGGGCCCUCUUGGACCUAGGGCCCGGGGCUAUAGCCCCCCAAGCCCCUAGCUUAAUCCGGCCCUGAAUAUAAUAUUCACUGUGGGUUGAUGUUAUUAUUUUUGGAUCGUGAUGUUUCUAUAAAAAGUCGAACCAUGCUGUAAAAUACCUCCGAAUAUCAAUUCAACUUUUUUUUUCCGAAAAAUGAUAUAGAAAUCAAAUUAUUAUCAAAAUGGAAAAAUAUAAUGUAUGCGUACAUACUUUUAUAUUGAGAUAAGACUUUUUUUGUACGUGGUAUCACGACAGAUCAUUUUUAAGGAUAAUUAAUACUGAAACCAGUGGUGUACAAAUCAAUAACUAAAAAUCGUGAUUUGAAAAGGAAAUGAAGAAAAUAACUGAAACAAAACUGGAAAUUAUCGAUCAAAUGAUGAAAAUAAAGUUAAAAUUUUCACUGAAUAACCAUUAAAUUCAAUUAGUAGCGCAAUCAUUCAAUUACUUUUACAAAUGAUUCUUUAAUGUCAGAGAUAUCUUUAUAUCUUACAUAUCGAUAUAUUUUCAUCCAAAAUGCAAAAUUUCAUUAGUUUUUUCAGUAAGAGGUCGUUCAUAGGAAUGCAAAUCUACCACAACCAAAUUUCCACUACAGAAGCUUUCAAACUAAUUAAGCACGGUACGAUAAUUUUUUAUAACAUCUUCACUGUAAAAAGCAUCAUCAUCACCAUAUUUGUGAUAAGUUGUAGCCAUUUUAAAUCGAGAGAAUACAUCACAGUGAAUUUAUUUGUAAAUUCUAUUCAUUUUCAAGUGGUUAAUAACUUCUAACAGGAACCCUGACUAGCAAAACUCUCUUCAUAUAAAUAUAACCUCAAAUGUUAUUUGUGAAUUUGUAUCGAGUGUUAUCCUUUUAUUCUAAUAGAAUUAUUUAGAUUAGUAGUGGUUCCUGUUAUAGAGGAUAUUUAUAGGUAUUCAUAACUAUUUUUAUUUGAUUAUAAAUUUUCUCAGUUCCGGAAUUGAUGUUUUCUUCAAUUCUUCAAACUUAAUUUCGAAUUUCCCGUUUUUAAAUAUCCUUACAACAGUGGAUAGCUGGACUUGAACUGAAGCGCUUUCGUGACAAUAACUCGUUUACCUCAGCAAUUGUUGGCUUUCCUUACUUGUUCUCAAAGUGCCUCAACGAUACAACUAUUUCACUGUUGAAAAUUUUACAUUUUUCAGAACACAAUGUUAUCUAGUAGAUUGAACUAACUUUAACUAUUUACAGUUUGCGACUGUUGUUGACAGAUUGGUUUUUCGGAAACGUUGCAAAUCCCGUUUGUGAUUUUCAUAGAUCGAAUAGCAGCUUGUUGGUUUCUUUAACGUGUUAUCAAAAGUGGCUCCAUCAAUAAACAAAAUGUUUUUAAAUAUUGUAUCUACAUCAUUUCAUUCACAAAUAAUAUUUUUCUCUCCGAUUAUUUUUCAGCUUUUUCCUAAAAAAAUAUUUGAAACAUGAUUUUUUUUUUAAAUAUUGGAUACUUGACUUCUUUUUACGAACAGAUUUUUGUUAUAAAAGGUUUUACUUUUAUGAUAAUUUCUUCAUUUACAAAUUUAUAUUCUUUCAGUUUAUAUCUUCCAAUAGAAUCAACUCAUGAGGACCUUGUCUAAAUACAUUAACGUUUGCUUGAAUUAUCUGAUGAUAUUUGUGCAGUCAUUUGGUUUGAUUAUUAUUCAAUUAACUCCUAGUUUUAAUUGAGACAUUUUUUUAUCUAACUGUACACCACUGGUAUCAUUCAUUUUUCUGUUGAUACUAAAAACUUAACAAAAUGGAGUUUGAGAAAAAUAUAUAUAAUUUUUAGAUACGUAUCUUCCUAUCUUAAAUUUGAUUAGAAUUCAAUCGUUUUACAUUGACGUAUAAUGUUUUAAUUAUACCGAUAUGCGUUUAAUAUUUGAACAGAUAAAUCUGCAGAUUAGAUUUUUAUGGAAACUAAAUAGUAGAUUUUUCUGAUUACAUUGUUACUUUUAUGAUUAAGCAGCAUAGGACUCUAAUUUUUGUCUAUUACUCAUUUAAUCCCAACUAGUAAAAUUUUUCAUAAUAGAAUUAGUGCAUACAGGUACCUAAAGUUCUUUUCCAAAAUAUUUCAUACGUACUUAAAUACACAAAAAACAAGAUGCUAGUUACUGAGGCUAGUAAGGUAAUUUUGACUACAAAAACUUUUGUGUUCGUACUCAAAAAGGCCAAAUUUUUCACAUGAUUCCUAUAUUCUAAUACUUCAUAAAUGUUUUCGAUGUACCUAGUGCAAAUAGCAAUUUACAUAUUUGCAAUUUUUACAUAAUAAUUAAAAUCCAUAACUAAAAAAAUAUUUUGCUAGGUAACUAAAUAUGUCUGAAAAAAAUUUAGCAAUUUUAUGCACCAUGUUUGCCAUGGCACGAAAUCAUUUUUUCAAUAGUUAUAGUACCAUUUAGAAUAUAUACUACAUAAGGUAAAUCAAUAGGCCAGGCUUUUUGCAACCAUCUCUUGAACUAAAAUAUGACUGUUUCACUAAAAUUUAAAAAUUGGAUAACUUCAUUGAUAUAAUGAUAUAUUAUGUGAUUUUGCUAGUUGAGGAUAGAUUUCGGAUAUUAAGGUUUUGUCUUUUAUAUGUGUUGCAAUAGCAUAUAAUCUUACUUUUUACCUCUAUCCACUUUGUAUUAAAAUUUUGAUGAUAUAAAGCAUAAUAUAAAAAAUUUCAUAAAACUUCAAACGAUAAGAAACAAUCUUUGUAGGUUAUAUACACUUCAUACGUUUAGAACACGAAGAAAGUAAUCUGAAUGAAAGCAAUAAAAAUGAGGCGACAUAUAAAUUUGUACAUUACUUUUUGUGAGACACUACCAUAAAAUAUCAAUGAGGCCUUCACUUUUAAAUAUAUGUCUAGGGGCAGAAACUUGGAUUAAAUAUUUCAAAAUUUAACUAUCAUAAUUUUAUUCGAAAUAGAAAUUCAAUCUUUAUUAUUAUUCAGGUUUUUUUUCAUUUGAUCCAUUGUCGGUUUCAAAAUAUAUAAUAAAUGCCUAAUCAACUAAUGUAUCCAUCGAUACCUUCAACAAAUGAUGAUAUACUGUGAUUAAGUAUUUGCUAGUUCCGUUAACACCAAAUGGAAAAUAGGUUUGAACAACACUUUUACAAAGUUUAAAUGAACACACAAAGACUUCAUUAAAAAUACAAUUAAUUGCACACAAUCGAUGGAUAUCUAGCUUUUUAGUUAGUUCGAAACGCGUCAUGAUUAAAGGUUCAUAAUAUCACUUCCAAAGUUCACUGUAAUUACACCGAAAUGGUGUAAUUACUUAGGAAUAAGAAAUUUUUGUAAUGAAUAUUUAAAACAAAAGAUGGUCUCCCUUCGUUUUUUUAAAUAGGAGCUAAUACGCUAUUCCAAUCGAGCUCUGUUUUAAAUAUACCAUUUAUGUAAAUUGUCAAGUGCAUAAAUUUGCAUGAAAUGAUUAUAAAUAGAUAAAUUUUUUGUGAGACAUUUUGGUAAGGAAUAUGAUUCCCAAAAAACCAUAUUUUUGUUGUUUUUAAUUGUUUUAAAGCCUUUUUUUGCUGGACAUAAUCAAGUUUAAAUGUUUCUUAGUAACCAGCCCAUGUCUUGCCCAAAUAAGCUCAGGAAGGUAGUGAUAUAGUGCAGAUCCCACUUUUUUUUGCCCAUUACAUAAAUUAAAUGUAGUAUUUGAGAAAACCAAGUAAUCUCUUUAUAUAAAGGGAGUAUGCUGCUUUCAGAUUUCUGCAAUUGUUAGUUGAAAAACCAUAACAUAGGUGACGUUAUGUACAAAUUGUAAUUGUAAUUUAUUGUAAUCUUUGAUAAACUUACAUACAAUUUAAAGCCAUGUACAAACACUUCAUCAACUUCAAUAUAGGAUAUUAUUAGAAGGAGACCUUUCACAAUUGGAUACUAGGCUUUAUAACCGAUUUGUAUCACUAGAUAAUAAGUUUAUGACGUUCAUUCAGCCAAGCUUUAUCUAUAUAGAAUAUUCGUUUCCCCUGUAAUAUAAAGUAUAAACAUACCUUCUUUUUCCAUUAUUGCUAAUCUCCCAUCGUGCGACUCCCAUUAGAAAUUAAAUUCAUGUUUAUUAAUUAUUAACUGAGGCUUAAACUUCUUCGAUUAUCAGUAUUAUUUAUUUAUGUAAAAUGAUCGAAUGUUAUUCCUCAUGAAAACUUAUACAACCUCGUCGAUUUCUAUUGGUUUAUCCUUUUGGGUUUUACCUUAGGCUCCAGAUUUAUUCGUUUAUUCUAUAUUUUAAAAGCUUUUGAGCUUAAACUAUGAUGCUAAUGGUACAUGUUGGAAAUAACUAUUAACAUACUUUUAAAGUUUAAUGAAUUAAUUCACUUUUUUGCUUCUUUGCGGUCAUAUGAGAAAGUGGAAAGAGUUUUCCAAUGAGGAUUAUUAUUUACCACCCCACCUUUAUGGGUAAUACCUCUAUUUCAUACUAUUAACAGUCGGAAAUUGGAAUAAAUCAUUUUAUAUCAUGAGAAAACUGUUAUGUUUGAAGAUUAAUCUUAUUUCUAUUGCUUUCACGACAAACAAAUGAACUAUAAGUGUAUAUUUUGUUCAUACGGUAACAGAAGAUAAUUUUUCAACUAGAGGGGAAGAUGAUCAAAGUGGAGAUUGAAUAAAUAUUUUUAUUAGAACCUCAGUGAUGAAAAUUUAUAUUCACAUUUCUAUCAAGUUUUCCAAAUAAUAUUCGGACAUUUCUUUUCUUUAAAAAAUUUUUAUUUAUAAUCGUCUACAGCUUCUUUGGAUGAAUAUAUACUUACUACCUCCAAGUAAUAUAUAUUUAUACUUUUAUUUGUUAACUAAAUAUAUAAAAAAGUAGUCUAAUGGUGUAAAGUUUACUGCAACUGAAAAAUACAAUAAUUUCAUAAUUUUCAAGAUUCUAGUCAAUUGUAUUUUUCAAAAACCAGUUGUAAUCCAUUCUUCUAUUUGUACGUAGAUAUUUGUAUUAAUGUUGUGUAAAUAAGAAAAAUAGAAAUGUAUAUGUGUAAAUAAUUGAUGGUAGAUUUAUGUAUAGACUAGAUAAGAUAUAAAAAACUUAAUUGACUGUUUUAUCGCACUGUACUUGUUUUUCUCCUGGUGUACAAAUAUAAUUUAUUAAAAUAAAUAAAAGACGUUCUAUUAUGAAA